GCGGCGGACUCGGGGUGGGGGGUGGGCGCUCGGCUGCGCAAGGUAAAGCAUGGCUGCCAAGGUGGCUCAGACCAAGAGAGCUGAUCCAGCUGAGUUGAAAACAAUAUUUUUAAAGUAUGCAAGUGUUGAGAAAAAUGGUGAAUUUUUUAUGUCUCCUAAUGACUUUGUCACACGAUUCCUGAAGAUAAUAGGAGAUGGGGUACCCAAUCCCAACACAGUCCAGCUGCUGGGAGGAGUGGUGGAUCAAACAAAAGAUGGGUUAAUAUCCUUUCAAGAAUUUGUAGCAUUUGAGUCUGUCCUCUGUGCUCCAGAUGCAUUGUUCAUGGUGGCAUUUCAGCUUUUUGAUAAAACUGGAAAAGGAGAAGUGACGUUUGAGGAUGUUAAGCAAGUUUUUGGACAGACCACAAUUCACCAGCAAAUUCCCUUCAACUGGAAUUCAGAGUUUGUGCAACUGCAUUUUGGAAAAGAUCGGAAAAGACGCCUAACAUACGCAGAGUUCACCCAGUUCUUACUGGAAAUCCAGCUGGAACAUGCAAAACAAGCAUUUAUACAGCGAGACAACACUCAAGCCGGAAAAGUCACUGCCAUUGACUUUAGAGACAUUAUGGUCACGAUUUGCCCUCAUAUGCUAUCACCCUUUGUUGAGGAAUGUCUAGUAGCAGCUGCUGGGGGUACCACUUCGCACCAAGUCAGCUUUUCCUAUUUUAAUGGAUUUAAUACCCUUCUUAAUAACAUGGAACUCAUUAGAAAAAUCUACAGUACCCUGGCAGGACAUCGGAAAGAUGUGGAAGUUACUAAAGAGGAGUUUGUUCUGGCAGCUCAGAAAUUUGGCCAGGUUACACCCAUGGAAGUUGACAUCUUGUUCCAGUUAGCAGAUUUAUACGAGCCACGGGGGCGCAUGACAAUGGCUGACAUUGAAAGAAUUGCACCUUUGGAGGAGGGCAUUUUGCCUUACAACCUGGCUGAAGCUCAGAGACAGCAAGCUCCAGGUGAUGUGUCUCGUCCCAUACUUGUCCAGAUAGCAGAAUCUGCAUACCGGUUUGCCCUUGGUUCAGUUGCUGGAGCUGUUGGUGCCACUGCCGUAUAUCCUAUUGACCUUGUGAAAACUCGGAUGCAGAACCAGCGCUCCACUGGGUCAUUUAUUGGGGAGCUGAUGUAUAAGAACAGCUUUGAUUGCUUUAAGAAAGUGCUACGGUAUGAAGGAUUCUUCGGGCUUUACAGAGGUCUUUUGCCACAGUUAUUGGGAGUAGCCCCAGAAAAGGCCAUAAAACUUACUGUAAACGAUUUUGUGAGAGACAAAUUUAUGCUCAAAGAUGGCUCUGUUCCUUUCGCAGCAGAAAUUCUUGCUGGCGGCUGCGCUGGAGGCUCUCAAGUGAUUUUCACGAAUCCGCUUGAAAUUGUCAAGAUUCGUUUGCAAGUGGCUGGGGAGAUCACAACUGGUCCUCGUGUCAGUGCCCUUACUGUGCUGCGGGAUCUGGGAUUUUUUGGCCUCUACAAGGGAGCCAAGGCCUGUUUUCUUCGUGACAUUCCCUUCUCUGCCAUUUACUUCCCCUGCUAUGCUCACACAAAGUCUGCUUUCGCGGGUGAAGAUGGGCGGGUCGGCCCGGGAUCUUUGCUUUUAGCUGGAGCAAUAGCUGGAAUGCCAGCAGCUUCUUUGGUGACUCCUGCAGAUGUGAUUAAGACUCGGUUACAAGUGGCAGCCCGUGCAGGGCAAACAACCUACAGUGGUGUUAUUGACUGUUUUGGAAAGAUCUUGCGAGAGGAAGGUCCAAGAGCUUUUUGGAAAGGAGCUGGAGCACGUGUCUUUCGCUCCUCUCCUCAAUUUGGGGUAACCCUGGUGACUUAUGAGCUACUGCAGAGAUGGUUUUACAUCGAUUUUGGAGGAGUAAGACCAGCAGGAUCUGAACCAGUUCUGAAAUCGAGGAUCACCCUACCUGCUCCGAAUCCUGACCAUGUUGGAGGUUACAAGCUGGCUGUAGCCACGUUUGCAGGGAUCGAAAAUAAAUUUGGACUUUACUUACCUCGGUUUCAGUCCUCGCCACCUACCUCUCAGGCAGCAUCUGUUUGACCCUAAAACGGUGACCACUCUUGAGAAUUGGGGAAAGAGCCAUGCAUCUGAUCAGCCUCAGUAUUUAAUUCUGUUUGCUUUUCUGUCUCAAAUCUCAGCCACUCAAGAUCUGACCUUUCUUCUCCCGCUCCCCAAGUGGAAUUCAUUGGUCUUUCUGCUUCCUGUAUCAGAUCACUGUGUAUCUCAUGCUGAAAUAGUCUGGUUGGUUUGGAGCCAUUUGUGUGUUUUUUAUACUUCCACAUAACUGGGAUUAUGAAUGUACUUCCCCUGGUUUGGGAAUAAUACUCCUACACAAUUAUGCUUUCUUUCCUCCUUGGGAGUCUGGUGGUGGCCAAACUAAAAAAAAA